UCCAAAAUUUCACUGUUGUAAUUCUUUAGAUGUUUUACUUUGACAGGAUCUAAUGAUGAAAGAACUUUGCAAAGUGAAGUACUCUCAAGCUGUUCCAGGAAUUAGUAGAAUUGAUGAUGUUAUUCAUUUCACUCAUGGUGAAAAAUGCAUUUCUCAUUUUGGAGACGGUUUGCCUCUUUCUCAGAAGUUAUUAGCUGAUGCUUCUUCAGCUCAGCAGCAUGGAAGAAUUAAAAAAGUAUGGUGUGAAAACUUGAAUAAAAGCGGUGAAAAAUAUAUUCGAGAUGCUUUCCAAAGGCGAGAAAAUAAAAUUCGUCAAUGGAUCGAGCAUUUAAAUAAAGAGAUAGAUAAAUUAGCAAAGUCUAUUGAAGAUGUUACAGAAUGCCAGAGAGAUGUACUGAGAAAAAGACAAUAUUUUUCAGAGCUACUAAGGAUAUCCAAUAAUACCUCAAACUUCAGAGGGGCAAUACAAGAUCUCAACCCAAAUGACCGCACGGGAAAUUUACUUAAACAAGAAGAGUCAAUUAUAUGUAAAGCAGAUGAAAAUAUGGCACACUGCUCUGAAGAGCUAAAAGAAUGUGAAAAUAAGCUUCAUAAAGCAAGAAGUGCAUUAAUGUCUGAGGUAGAAGCAAAAAGCAUGACUCUGAAUAUCGGCAAAAGAUGUCAGCAUGCAGAACCUCUACUGAGUUUUCCCUAUGUCCCUGCUGACCAUCCGUCUGACCAAAUUUAUUAUCCGAAUUCUGAAGAAGAUUGGGAGAAAAAUCUCGAGGUAAAAUUACAAAACUCUGUAGCUUCAAGGCAAGAAGCCACUGAUUGCUGUUUCCGGACGGCUGCAGCAAUCAGAAAGAACCUGAGCGACACAGCAGAUGCUUGGUUUAAAACAAGUAAAGCUCUUCAGGAAAGUAUACAAGAGGAUGAACGAACCGUUUACAACAUCCAAUGUCACCUGAAACGACUGGAUGAAGAAAUGUCAUCGACUAAACAAAGGCUAGCGUCAUUCUAUGAUGUCCUAAAAAUUCAAGAUCGAGUUAAGAACACACAGCUAUGGCGAUUACAAACCAUGACAUACCGACCAGGGCCAGACCAUAUCAGAGAUGCUCCGGUUCAAAAGUUAGAAGAAGAACUACGCAAUAUAGAAACAAAGAAAUCGUAUGUGUUUGAUAAUGUGGAGCGGAAUAAAGAUCUAUUGCAAAAUCUCAGUGACGAGAAAAUGAAACAGAUGUUGGAAUUAGAAAAGGUAUCACGGAAAUUAUUCAUCGAACGAGAAAAUUGCCUUGGCGCUAGAAGAACGAUUCACAUCGAAGGACUAAAUCUCAAUGAUUAUGUUACCAGUUAAACAACACUUAACUAAAAGUGCCUUCUUUUGUUUGGAUUUUUUAAAUCAUAAUCAAUUUAAAAUAGUAACAUGGACUUCUGCUAUAAAAUGUUAAAUUCUGACAGUCUGCAAUUAAGUAUUGGUAUGAACUUUAAAAAUUUCAUGCUAAAAUUUAGAACCACACAUUAAAAUUUAGCCUGUUUUCAAAAAGAAGAUUAUUGGUUAUCAUGUAUAGUUUAAAAAUUUUAGAAAUUUAGCUUAUCGGACAGAAAUGUUGAAAAAUGUAUGACACAUUAAAAAGUUAUACCAGGAAAAUAUGCGAAAAUUAUCUUUUGACUUUAAAAUCAUCAAACACCAGUUUGUAACUGUAUAUUUUUUCCGACUCAUAGUGAAAAAUGCGGAAGAAGGUUUUAUGUAAUAAAGUUGCGGUGUAUAUCAUCAAGCCUUUCUUAAAGACUAAGAAGGAAUGACGAUAAUUAACUAUUCCUGGCCACUAUCAGUAACGGAGUGAUUAAAACCUGGACAUUGAUACGCUAAUGAGCAAAAAUUAUCGAUGAUGCACUUUUUUCGCAUCGCAUAAAGUAGUAGUUACAUAGAACGGUGUUUCAGAUCUGUACAAAAUACAUAGUUUCGUACGUACGGGUUCGUAAUAUAUUGAAUGCACAGAAUUGAUGAUAGUUUGAUAAAAUGUAUUUUAAGAAAAGAAACACUUCACAGUUCUGGAAUUUUUCACAAAAAUACUCGCACAGCUCUUUACAGUAUCACAAAGUACAAUCAGUAGUCCGACUUAAAAUUACUAAGAACGUUAGACACCACGCAAUGGAAAGCACAUCUAAAAGGCGAAGCAAACACGGAGAUUCUCAAAACGUUGUAGCUGAAUCUGAACUAACAACUGAGAGCAUAUGGUCUUUCCGGUCUUAUAUAGUUUUCACACGGCCGCCAAGACAUCUCUACUACUUCUUAAAAUUACUAGAAGGUAUAUGAUACCGUUACAGAUACACAUGGAAUCAAUUACAGUUAUUGCAAUACAUAUUACAGUGAUAGAGAGACCGAACGAAAAUGUCAUCAAACAGUCACCAAGUCUGGAGACUUUUAUUGAUUUCUAGCCAAAUUCGGGGACAAAAAUUAGGCUGAAAAAUCGUCGCCAGCUUGGCGAUAUUUCACCAAACCAGCAAGACAUUUACUCAACAUUAAGAAGAUUUGCCCUUGUAUUCUUUCUUUUCCUGCAAAGCAUCUCCUCUUUAGAUUUUCGGGACGCAUUAUA